GCAAAAGGAUUUCAAUCCCCACAGACUAAACAAAUAUAACCUCUCCGUCAUGAGCAGUCUGCGUGCCAGGCCUGUGCCAGAGCGGUUUCUAUGGCAACGGCUACGCUUACGCCGUCCGCAUCCGUGACGAGCUCUCGAGCAGAGCGGAAGAUGGGGAGAUUUUCUGCGCUGCCGAGUGGCGCCUCUUAUCAAUAGACGAUCUCCGGCGCCGUUCCUGUCACAGUGCGCAUUCCUCGGUCCGGAGCAGCGGUGACUACAACACGCCAGCAGGCUGGGAAACGACACAUUGCAGCGGAGAAGGAAACUCCAUCGCUUGAGGGGGAAAACGGGAACGAAGGGUAAAGUCUGUGACGCAGCAGCUACCAUGGUGGGCGAGCGCCGCAAUGGGAACCUGCUGGUCCAGCUCGGCCCGAAGCUGCAGGCUUUCCCCGAGGAGCUGAUCCGCCAGCGCCGCACCCACGACGGCCAGACCGAGUACCUGAUUCGCUGGUCGCUGGUCACCAUUGACGAUGGCACGGGCUCUGGAGGCGUGGCCGGAGAGGCAGGCGGAGCCGGGAGCGGGAGCUCGGGCGUGGGCGGGUCUGGCGGCUCGACGUCAGGCGAGAGCAAGACGGAGAACAUCUUGAUGUGGAUGUCGACGGAGGACGUGUACGCCAACUGCCCCACCCUGCUGGGCAAGAGGAAGACGGAUGCCCAGCGCCCCGCCCAGCCGAGCCAGAAGGAGGAGCGGGAGGGCGAGGCGGUGGACGGAGGCCAGAGGAUCGGCGGGGAGUUCCCCACCGACGUGACCUUCGAUGAGGUGGAGCUGUCGGACAUGAAGGAUGACGUGAAGAACCUGGUGCGCCGCGCCAGGAAGCAGAUGGCCAAGAAGAGCGACUUCGCCAUCAGCAUCACACACACCAUCCACGUGCUGAGCGCCUACGCCAGCAUCGGCUCGCUGGUCGGCGUCUUCAAGGAGACGGGAGCGCUCGACCUGCUGAUGGAGCUGCUGUGCAACAAGGAGCGGCAAACCAGACGCAGCGCCGGGAAGAUGCUGCGGGCGCUGGCAUCGCACGACGCAGGAAGCCGGGCGUACGUCCUGCUGUCUCUCAGCCAGCAGGAUGGGAUUGAGCAGCACAUGGACUUUGAUAACCGCUACACUCUGCUGGAGCUGUUCGCUGAAACCACGUCGUCCGAGGAGCACGGCAUCUCCUUCGAGGGCAUCCACCUGCCUCAGAUCCCGGGGAAGCUGCUGUUCUCUCUGGUGAAGCGUUACCUGUGCGUCACUUCUCUGAUGGACAAGCUCAACACGGCGGGGGCGGAGUCUAGCUGUGACAGGCAGGACGCCGCCGCCUCCCCGGCCUCUACCUCCUCGUCCUCCUCCAGCGCCGCCCACCAGACGGAGCAGCUGCGCGUGCAGCGAGAGUUUGAGUUCACCAUGGCGAUGGCCAACCUGAUCUCGGAGCUGGUGCGCGUGAUGGGCUGGGACCGCAACCGCCAGCCCCCGGACGGCUCGCCGCAGGGGGGAGGGGGCGUGUGCGGGGAGGAGCAGGGCGAGGCGGCGUCCCGCCCCGUCCUCAGAUCCAUCUUCCAGCCCCGGUUUUCCGCCUCGCCCGUCAGCCUCGCCGUUGGCCCGGCCGUGGCCACGCCCUCCGCCCCGCCCAAGAAGAAGACCAGCAACGGCUUCAAAACACGCACAGACUUCACCAGCCGCGCGGCGUACGUCGAGUACGUCCAGGACAACCUGAAGAGCGGCAUGAUGGUCCGCAUGAUGGAGGACUACGAGGAGGUGAGCGCCGGAGACGAAGGAGACUUCCGCUAUAGCAACGAUGGAUCUCCACCUGUACAGGUGUACUGGAACUCUCUGAACAGGACGUACUGGGUUCACUGGCACAUGGUGGAAAUUCUGGGGAACAGCAGCAGCAGCCAGGCGGAGAAAGAGACGCAGGAGAAAGCCUCAUCACUCACCGAGACACUCAAACUCACCGCAGUGAGCCAGACGUUCUUCUCCAAGCCCCCGGGCGGCCUGUACUCGCUGCCCUACCUGUCCGAGGGCCUGCAGGCCGAGGCGCCCAGCCUGAGCCGGGCUGAGUGGUGGGAGGUCCUGUUCUUCAUCAAGAAGCUAGAGCCCAAACAGCAGCAGGAGGUCAACAGCAUCCUGCUGCAGAGCCUGGACGACCAGGAGGCGGAGCUGGACGACUCCGCUCUGAUUGGCUUGUCGGUCCCGGGCGAGGUGGCGAAGAAGCUGCUUCACUACCUGAAGCAGAAGCUGCCGUCGUCGUGCCUGGGCGACCUGCUGUGCUCCCACGCUUUCUCCAAACACUACCUGAGGAGAGGAGGAGGAGGCCUGGAGGACGAGGAGCUGCUGGCUGAAGGCUCCUUGGGUUCCCCUGGCCUGGGAGGAGGACAGGGCGCCUCCUCUUCAUCAUCAGCCUCGGCCUCCUCUUCCUCAGCCAUGGGCUCUGUCUCCAAAAAAGCCAAGAAGGAGCCUCCUGUGGACUCUGCCUUUGGGAGCCUGGACACCGAGAGCGAGCUGCCGACGGAAGACGACAGCAAGUACCCCGAGGAUCUGGACGAGAAGAUGAAAGUGUUCAACAACCUGCGGGUGCAGGGGAAGAAGACGGUGUUGGAGAAAAUGGGUGAGGUGGUGGACAUCCUGAGGAAGGGUGGCUCUGAUUCUGCCCAGCAGCUGGCCGGCAUCCUCUUCAUCACCAAGCUGCUGGAGGAGGAGGUGACGCUGGAGAGGAGCACCCUGAGGACCGACUCCACUCAGACCUUACGGGACAAAGUGCUGAAGCUGCUGGUGGAGCUGCUGGCCUCUCAGUCUAAAGAGGUUGUGAUCAGCACUCUGCGGCUCACUCGCCUCCUCAUGCUCAAGUACGAGUGGAGGGUUUCCUUUGCUACCGAGGGAGGAGUCAAAGCCAUCCUGUCCUGCAUGCAGGAGUUCACUACGGUCACACAGGUCCAGCAGGUGGCGCUAGCAACACUGAGGGUGAUCACAGGAGCCAGCAAACACGACCUUCGCAGCGUCGGCAGCAGUCUUCCUCUCUCGGAGUCCGGGACCCAGAUGAUGCUGGAGAUCUUCGCCAGCAUAGGCUCGGCCACGCCCGAAGGCUCCAAAGGCCUGCUGGGGGCUAUCCCUGCUGCCAUCGAGCUGCUGCUCAAUACUAAAGGCUGUAUGCUGUCAGUGCGUAACGGCCUGCUGGUCAUCAUCAUGCUGAUCUCUAACCAUAAGAGCCUGGCGGAGCAGCUGGUGGCGUGUGAUGUCAUCGCCGUCCUCAAGAAGUGUCUGUCUGCCCCGAGAGCCGAGACGAUGCUGGCCAUCAUCGCCCUCAACCACAUUUCCAUGGUGCACAAGCUGGAGAGCAAAGAGUCGAAGGAGGAGCUGGACUUCAAGGACACGGAGCUGAAGAUGCUGGUGGUCAGCCUGAAGGAGCUGACGGCCACCAAGGAGGUGAUCCUGACGCUGGAGCAGCUGCUGUGUGACGACAACGCCCAGCUGGAGGAGGAGCGCAGCCAGGUGACUCGCAGUCGUGACACCUACCAGGAUCUGGUUCGUCUGAUGGAGCAGCACCGAGCUGACCGGGCCGUCCAGCUCUCCAUCCUUAAGAUCCUGAACAAGUUCCUGGAUAAUUACCAAGAGGACGUGCUGCCGUGGCACGAGAGCAUCGAGCCCUGCCUGUCUUCCAUGACGGCGUUCAUCAACGACAGAGAGGUGGUGCAGCUGUUCAUCCGCUUCCUGUACCGCCUGGCGUCGCUGAACAAAGACUACGCGGUGGUGAUGUGUCGCCUGGGGACCAAGGAGGCUCUGGUGAAGGCUCUGGACAAACACAGCACCAACCUGCUGAUGGUCACCGAGCUCCGAGACCUCAUCACCGACUGCGAGAAGUACGCCAGCCUCUACAAGAAGAUGACCACCAGCGUGUUGGCAGGAUGCAUCCAGAUGGUGCUGGGUCAGAUCGAGGAGCACCGCCGCAGCCACCAGCCAAUCAACAUCCCCUUCUUCGACGUCUUCCUCAGGAAUCUGUGCCAAGGUUCCAGUGUGGAGCUGAAGGAGGACAAGUGCUGGGAGAAGGUCGAGGUCUCGUCCAACCACCAUCGAGCCAACAAACUGACCGACAAGAACCCCAAAACCUACUGGGAGUCCAACGGCUGCACCGGCUCCCACUUCAUCAACAUCUACAUGCACAAGGGCGUGGUCAUCAGGCAGCUGGCGGUGCUGGUGGCCAGUGAAGACUCCAGCUACAUGCCGGCCAAGAUCCUGGUUCUGGGCGGAGACGAUCCCACCAACAUCAACACCGAGCUCAACACCGUGAACGUGCCCCCCUCGGCCAGCCGGGUGGUUCUGCUGGAGAACAUGACGCGCUUCUGGUCCAUCAUCCAGAUCAGGAUCAAGAGAUGCCAGCAGGGUGGCAUCGACACGCGGGUGCACGGGUUCGAGGUGCUGGGCCCCAAGCCGACCUUCUGGCCGGUGUUUAAGGAGCAGCUGUGCUGCAGGACCUUCCUGUUCUACAGCACCAAGGCCCACACCUGGUGCCAGGAGGUGCUGGAGGACCGCACACAGCUGCUGCAGCUGUUCAACAAGCUGAACAGUGCUCUCAGACAUGAGCAGAUGUUUGCAGACCGGUUCCUCCCGGACGCAGAGGCAGCUGAAGCUCUGGGCCGAACCUGCUGGGAGGCGCUCAUCACUCCUAUAGUGCACAGCAUCACGCUGUCCGAAUCCUCGGUGGCGAGCCCCCUCUCCUGGCUCCUCAGUGAGUAUUUGGACAACGCUGAACUCGCCCGCCGCUGUAAGAGCCGGGCGGCCAUCUUUAACUCGCGCGUGCGCCGCCUCACUCACCUGCUGGUGCACGUGGACACGAGCCGGCCCGACACCGAGGAGCUCAAACCGCCGGUCAAAUCCAACGGUAAAGAGGGUAAAAACAAAGACAACACCGCAGCCUCGUCCUCCUCUUCGUCUUCCUCAGCCAAGCCGAAGGUGAAGAGCACCAGCAGCAUCGCAGGCAUCGCCCUCUGCUGGCAGGGAGUGGUACAGCGGCAGGUGAAGAAGUUCCUGGACUCGAGCUUCAGCCUGCCGGACUUCGUGGAGCGGUACCGGACUCUGUACCUGCGGCUGAAGAACGCCAUGGAGGAGCUGUUCGGACAGCAGACCGCCUUCGUCCUCGCCCUCCGCCACGGCUUCUCCGCCGCUCUGCUGCAGCUCUCCAUCCUCCGAGCCAUGCACGUGAGCGAGCGUUUUGCGCAGUACAUCGACCAGAUGAUCCAGGAGAGCGGCUCGGCGGCCGGCAGCGUGGAGACUCUGGAGCGGCUGCAGCACUUCCUGGAGCCCAUGCUCUUCCUGUCCGGCCUGGAGCUCGCCAACACCUUCGAGCACUUCUACAGGUACUACCUGGGCGACCGGCUGCUGGGCCAGGCGCGGGUGUGGCUGGAGGGCGCCGUCAUCGAUCAGAUCGGCAGCUGCUUCCCCAGCCGCUUCCCGCAGCAGAUGCUGAAGAACCUGAGCGAGUCGACGGAGCUGCAGCAGGAGUUCCACCUGUACCGGCUGCAGCAGCUGGACCGCAGCCUGCAGGAGCACGACCAGGUGAUGGAGGAGGAGUGGGCGGAGUCAGAGGAGGAGGCGGAGGUGCAGGUGCUGGUCCUGUCCCCUCGCUGCUGGGCCGUCCCGUCGCUCUGCUACCUGGAGGAGCCCAGCAAACACUUUCCUGCAGCUCUGUGCUCCUACCUGAGCCAGUUCACCCAGUUCUACAGCCACAGUCAGUGUAUGUACGGCCUCAGUCACAGCAAGCCUCGGCGGCUGCAGUGGACGUGGCUCGGUCACGCAGAGCUGCAGUUCGGCUGCUGGACGCUGCACGUCUCCACCCUGCAGAUGUUCAUCCUGCUGCACUUCAACAGCCAGGAGGAGGUGUCAGUAGAGGCCUUGCAGCAGGCGUCUGGUCUCUCGGAGGCCGUGUUGCUUCACGCUCUGCUGCCUCUCACCGCUGAAGGAGGCCUGCUGACCUGCAGCCAGCCGGAGCAGCCCAGCCAGGGCGUGCUCAGGCUGAGCCAGCAGGCGGUACGCGGGGCGGAGAGCAGCCCCGCCUCCUGCUUCCUGCUGCCCAGACAGACGUACCUGAACGUGGACGAGGACGCGGCGCACACGCUGGAGAGGAAGAGGAACUACAUCUACUGCCUGAUCGUCCACAUCAUGAAGGAGGAGAAGGAGAUGCACAUCGACAACCUCGUCUUCAAGGUCCUGGACUCGUGUCAGAAGCAGGAGGCGUCGCGCUCGCCGGGCUCGGUGCGGUUCAGCUGCAGCACGGGCGACGUGCUCUCCUGCAUCAUGCACGUCAUCAGUAAGGGCUACGUGCGCCGCAACGACGAGAACCCGCACAUCGUGGAGUUCCUGCCCGAGGACCCGUCCACGCCGCAGAAGGGCCAGGCGCAGUUCUGCUUCAGCCGCACCGAACUCCGCAAGGACGACGGCAGCGAGCGUGUCAGCAGUCUGGCGGCUCCGCGGCGGCUGGAGGACGGCGUGCUGGAGGCGGUGCUCUUCUCGAUGGGCCGCACGAUGACGCAGGAGGAAGUGAGGCAGCUGAUGCAGAGGACCGUCCAGCAGGUGUCGGGGACGCUGAGCCUGGACCUGGACCGGGCGGAGCACCUGCUGGUUCACUGUAAGUGGAACGUGGACCUGCUGGUGCAGCGUUACACCGACGACCCCGACGUGCUCGUCAGCGCCGCCGGCCUCAAGAGCCGCAGCCCGCAGCCGCCCACAGGCCCCGCCCCCACCUGCCCCGUCUGCCUCGCCCCCAGGACCGCCGACACCGAGCCCGCGCCCAGCCUGAGCUGCAUGCACUACUGCUGCAGGUCCUGUUGGCAGGAGUACCUGACGGCGCGGAUCGAGCAGAACCUGGUGAUGAACUGUAACUGUCCAAUCACAGACUGCCGAGCCCAGCCCACGUCACACUUCUUCCUCAGCAUCCUGACCGACAAGGACAUCAUCGCCAAGUAUGAGAACGCCCUGCUGCGCGGCUACGUGGAGAGCUGCUCCAACCUCACCUGGUGCACCAACCCUCAGGGCUGCGACCAGAUCCUCUGCAAGGAGAACAUGGGCAGCAUGGGGACCUGCUCCAAGUGCUGCUGGUCCUCCUGCUUCAGCUGCAACUUCCCCGAGGCCCACUACCCGGCCAGCUGCAGCCACAUGUCCCAGUGGAUGGACGACGGCGGAUACUAUGAGGGCAUGAGCAUGGAGGCCCAGAGCAAACACCUGGCCAAGCUCAUCUCCAAACGCUGCCCGAGCUGCCAGGCCCAGAUCGAGAAGAACGAGGGCUGCCUGCAUAUGACGUGUGCCAAGUGUAACCAUGGUUUCUGCUGGCGCUGUCUGAAGCCGUGGAAACCGACGCACAAAGACUACUACAACUGCUCAGCCAUGGUGAGUAAAGCAGCGCGACAGGAGAAGAAGUUCCAGGAUUAUAAUGAGAGAUGCACCUUCCACCACCAGGCCAAGGACUUUGCCAUCAACCUGGAGAACAAAGUGACGUCCAUCAACGAGGCUCUGCAGAUGAAGGCGCUCACCUUCGUCAUCGACGCCUGCAAGGUCCUGGCUCAGGCCCGCAAGGUCUUGGCGUACUCGUGUGUUUACAGCUACUACAACCAGGAGACGGAGAAGAUGGACGUGAUGGAGCAGCAGACGGAGGCUCUGGACCUGCACACCAACGCCCUGCAGAUCCUGCUGGAGGAGACCCUGCUGCAGUGCACUGACCUGGCCUCCUGUGUGCGCCUCCUGAAGCCUGAGCACCUGAGCACCGGCCUGGAGCUGAUCCGCCGCAUCCAGGAGAGGCUGCUGGCCAUCCUGCAGCACUCCACACAGGACUUCAGGGUGGGCUACCAGUCCAAAGCGGGACAGGAAGCGGAGUCGGCCCAGGCCUCCAACCUGUCCAACCACACCGACACCAACAAAGUGUCCAAAUCGGAUCGAGCGUCCGACUCGGCCGACUCCGACAACAACAACUACACGGGCGAGGAGGGCGGCGACGAGGCGGACGAGGACGACGACGAGUACGACGAGGAGUACGUCCCCGAGUGGCACGAGGACUACGACGAGGACGACAUCGAGGAGGACGACUUCUUCUCCGACGACGACGAGUCGGAGAACCUCGAGAGAGACUUCAGCCCCUUCGACUGAGAUGUGGAAGCUUCCGGAGCCCGCGGAUGGAAGGAGGAAGAAUCGGUCCAAUCCGGAGAGCCGAGCCGCCGCCGCCGCCGCCGCCACACCCUCAUCGCUAUCCAAUCAGAUUGCAGGAACAGAGGGAGGAAGUUGUUCAAAAUGAGGCAUGCGAGGGUGGAUGUGAAGCCCUGUCCCCCCCCUCCCCCCAGACAGCUGCACUUGCAUUUUCCACUUCCUGUAUUUUCCGCUCUGUGUUUCCUGUUCCUGUUGUGUCCCGCCUCCGUCGCCUCAGCCGGUCGCCCAGCGGCGGCGUCCGGCUGAGGCGACGCAGACGGGGCGGAGCAGGAAGAGCAGGGAAGCACGAGGGAAGUUUGUUUGAGACGUUCUGGGGAGCAAAGCCCACACGUUCUGUUCGGUUUCUGCUGCUGCUGCUGCUGCUUUUGGGUUUUCCAGCAAUGAGUUCAAAAAAUUAAAAAGAAAAAGGGAUUUGUGAUCCAGAGAGGCGCUCAGCCUCGCUCUCACUUCUGUUUUGUAAGUUGUCACUGACUCGGCAGGUCAGUUUAUUUCUUUCACAGGUUUUGCCUUCAUUUAUUUUUACUAUGGAGAUUGCCUUGAUUUGACAACACAGAACAUGUUGAAUAGAUGACAAAUAAAAACCUUCCACUGUAAUUCGAGUGUCUGCUUUAGAUUUACUUGCAGAGGUGAAGAUCAAUUUUUUUACAUGCUUACAAUCUGAAGAUUCUGUGAUGUUUAAUUAAUAAAUGAUGAGAGUCUGACAGGUUUAAUUCCUGACGUAUCACUGCAAUAACAGAUUGAAAGUUCAACAGCUCAUUGUUGCAUUAUUUGCUAAGCAAAGACCUGUCACACGCUCCGUUUUCUUUUCUGAUUAGCUUUUGGAGACGCUGAUGUAUGAACAUGACAGUCUGUACAGGGGCUGAGGGAUAUCUGAUAUUCCAGCCUCACAUAUUGCUGUAAUUUGAGAAAUCCUAUAUUCAUAUUGUUGAUGUUCUAAAAUGUUUUUCUUUCUGAUUUCAUUGUUGAAGUUGUGCAACUUCAGCCUGCAAACUAAAUAAUAAAAGCUUUUUUCUGCUA